UUGAAUUAAAUUCUCAGCGGAGUAGUAAAUAUGUCACACAAGAAAAUACUGUUUGUAUGUAUGGGCAACAUAUGCAGCUCGCCCAUGGCCGAGGCGAUCAUGCAGAGCCUGAUGGUCAAGACGAGCAUCUACUGGGAGGUGGACAGUGCCGGACUGCGGUCCUGGAACAUUGGGCGCCGGCCCCACGCGCGCUGCCUGCGAACUCUGCGCGAGCACGGACUCCGAUCAGAUCACUUCUGUCGCCAGUUCACCGUCCAGGACUUUCGUUACUUCGACUACAUUGUGGCCAUGGACGACGCUGUGUAUAAGGAGCUGCUGCUCUGGUCCAAUCUCUAUCGCUCGACCAAGGAUUGCUUGGUGCUUCGGCUGAGCUCCUUCGGGCCGGAUGGCCAGCCGACCGCCAUCAAUGAACUGUCACCGACGUACAAGCUGAGGAGCUUUCGGGCCGCCUACUACCAGAUCAAGGAUUGCUGCAAGUAUUUCAUACUCAGCCAAAAGAUAAGCAUAGUGCGGUACCAGCUGCCCAGCUCAGAGGAGGACUACGACUACUCAGAAGCCGAGCCCGAGAAGACUAUGGAAACAGGGCAACCUAGCACUGAGAAAAAGACUCGGAAGAACCCUAAGCCGGAUCCGAUUAAGUCAGACCAGAAUUUGAUGUCGGAUACCCUGGACCUGGCCACAAACGCCUUCUUGUCAGGAGUUUAUACAAAGGUCUUAGCCACGCCAGCGCCCAAGUACCACGAACACACAUCCAACUGCCGCCAAAGGAAACUGUGCCUCCAAUGCGGAAAGAAAUUCUUGGACUCGCUCUAGAACAUGAUUGAAACAUUGAUUUUAUUCCACCCCAAAUCGAUGCCGAGACCUUGUAAAAUAAAAAUGACUUUUAUCUGUCA